GUUUUCACUUCUAUCUUUAUCUUUUACAAAAAAUGUUUAAAGCACUGAAUAGUUGGGCGUACACUACUUACAAAAAUGUGGAAGUCAUAUAAAAUAUAUUUUACCUGUUGAGGUUAUAGUCCAUUCCAAUCUAAUCACUCAAAAGAGGAACAUCCCAAGCUAUUUGCGGCGCUGCGAUGGGCUCCGGCGCUCCCGCGACCCACAUGAGGAUGAGCGGCGUGGGAAAAGGCUUGCUGUACACCAAGGACCAGGAAACGGCGCCGCUAAAUCGGCGCGGUCUGCCUCCGCCCAAUUCGGCGACGCACUGUCUGCAUUCUUCAGGACACCCACAAGGUAACUCCCUCCCUUCUUCCUUGGAAGCGUUUUGACAGCGGGUGAUGUCGCCUGGCAGAAACGAGCGUCCCGGCCCGGAGACGCCGUUCACGUCCGCCGCAGGAAUGCGGCCCCGCGCGUGAUUCACCGGCCGGCCGCGUCUCAGCCGGAGGGUGCCGCCGUCGCCAUGGACUGCUGCCUUGACCUCUGCUUGCCCCCCGAAGAGCUCGAGAGGCGCAGGGUCAACAGGGCCAUCAACAGGCAGCUGGAACACGAUAAGAAACAGUAUCAGAAUGCCAUCAAGCUCCUCUUUUUAGGGACGGAUGAGAGCGGCAAGAGCACCUUCCUCAAGCAGAUCCGCAUCCUCCACGGCAACGGCUACACCGAAGCCCAGCGGAUCCCCUUCACUCGCCUGGUGUGCCAGAACGUGGUCUCCUCCAUCCAAAAGCUGAUCGAGGCCAUGCAGAUCCUCGGCGUGGACUACGCCGACAAACGCAACCCCGCCCUGGCGGAACGCCUGAGCCAAGUGGAGUCCGAGAAGGUGGAAAGGUUGGACGAGUGGCAGGUGAUGGCCAUCAAGUUGCUGUGGAGCGACGCCGGCCUUCAGCGCUGCUACGAGCGACGCCGCGAAUUCCGCUUGUCCGACUCGGCCAAAUACUACUUCAGCGACAUGGACCGAAUCACCGCCCCGGGUUACAUCCCGAACGUGCAGGACAUCCUGAGGGUCCGCGUCCCCACCACGGGCAUCAUCGAGUACCCUUUUCAUAUCAAGGGCGUUACCUUCAGGAUGGUGGACGUGGGCGGUCAGCGUUGCGAGAGGAGGAAGUGGAUCCACUGCAUGGACAACGUGGUUUCCAUCGUCUUCCUGGCCGCCCUCAACGAGUACGACAACGUCUUGCUUGCGAACCCCAAACACAAUCGGAUGGAGGAGAGCUUAGCUUUGUUCGAGACCAUCGUCAAGUACCCGUGGUUCAGCGAGACCUCCUUCAUCCUCUUCCUGAACAAGAAGGACCUUCUGGAGGAGAAGGUCCAGAAUUCGGACGUGGCCACCUACUUCCCGCAGUACAAGGAAGGACGCCAAACGCGCCCGAGAGUUCUUCCUGGAGCUUUACAAGAUUCCGCACAAGGGCCACAGGAAGCCGCUGUACAUGCACUACACCUGCGCCACCGACACCAACAACGCCAAAGUUGUCUUCAACGUCGUGAAGGACACCAUCUUCCGGGAAAUCUUGGACUUCACUCAGCUGUAGUCGGCGCCCGUGGAACGAAUGGACUUUAGCGUGUUGUCGAAGCUUUAAGCGUUCCGUUAAAACGGCGAGGUACAGUAUGUAUUCUUUCCCUUUGAUUCGGUUUUUAAAAACCGGUUCGCCGGCAGCCGUCCGUGGGGAAAUGCGACCGGCCCGGACUUGCGGCUCUGCGAGGGGGAAGUACGAUGUCUUUGUUUUGGCUAAUUAACAGAUGCUCGAUUUAUGACAAAUAGAAUUACGAGAGACUGAUGUGACAAGAAAAUUGCCCGACUGCGACCGUCGCCGCGGACUAGACGAGACUUAACUGUACGAGCUUUUAAUACGGGAAAAAAAAAAUAUCAAUCAUCUCAGCAGUGACGCGCUGACUCUUAUUAAAUCCGUGUUGAAUACAUUAAAAAAAAACAAAAACAAGAAGUUGUACGACUCACAAAAAGCAGUUCAGCAAUAAAACAUAAACUGGAAAUUAACAAUAAAUCCUGGACAUGCUCGUUUUAAUAUUUAACGUGAAACUCUGCUCACGUCGCAAUAAGCGGCAAUUUGGCAAAAUGUAAAGUUUUGCCAAAGUGGGUUUCAAGGUAUUUAAUGACUUUCAAGGGUUGAAAUCAAAACCAACCCCUCUAAACCACAGAGAAGUUAUUUUCCAGAUUAAUGGAAAUUUCCAUUUAUUUUAAUUUUUGAGUUACGAGCGUAGCACCAAUGAACCGAAAGGGCUGACUAACCGAGCGUUUCUCCGCGUAGGUUCAUGAUAAAUGUGUGCCAAAUUUCAUUUGAUUUUAUUAUUUUUUUCCCCCUUGGCAAAUUUUUUGUAUGUUGAAGAUGACUUGUCUAAAAAAGUAAAUUAAUAAAAAUCAAGUGAUUUUAAUUUCACCUAUGUUCUUGAGCCACAAUGUUUUUAAAAAAAAAAAAAAAAAAAAAGAGUAUCAAACAUAUCAAACAUCCUAUUAAGCAUUAAUGUAACAUCAAUAAGAUGACAUUAUCCCACAUCCUGCCUGGGAGGGGGGCGGGCGGGGGCGG